UGACAAACAUAGAGGAAAACACGUUUCGUGUUGAAUUCCUUCGCUGAAAUAGGAAAUAAGCGUGUCAAAUACAAUUGAUUUACCACGGACGAAAAAAAAAAAGUGCCGUGAAGUAAAUAAAAGCGAAGUUCAUGUGUGUCAUUUGGAUUAUGUACUGUGUGUACAAUAUACUUUAUGUGUGUGUUUGAUGUUGAAUUUAUAUUGAUAUGGUUGUGUGAGAUACGAACGUAACAUGCAGUGUCUGUGGAAUAUCAACUUCUGACAAAGUCACUUCAUGUGAUUAACAUUUCAGCCUUACAAUGAAAUAGACGUGUUUAAUUUUUGGUGCGCGCAGUUAAGUUGUUUUUUUUUUUCUGUUUAAAAGUUUAUUUUCUACCAUUUCCCCUCGAGAGCACACAAAAGUUCAACACUAUAAAAGAAACGUCAUUUGUUCGGACUCGCAAUAAAAAAAAUAAAGUUGUGUUCAUUUUAGCAGAGCAAGAAAAUAAAACAUUUUUAUUAAACCAGAAAAGGUAUAUAUCGUUAAUUUGCGGAGAAAAACAAUUGCGAGAUAGAAAGAGUAAAGUUAGACCAUCAACGCCACUAGUGGAUAAAUAAAAUCGGGAUUUUCAUUCAAAAAUCAACCCAAAUAAACGAAGUAAGUGAUCUUUCAGCCAAACAUGACAAUCUCUCUUUCCACAACAGUGUAUUCCUAUUCAGUCAAACAACUUGUGAGAGAUGGAUCGGUGAAUGAAAAAAAAAUUAAAAAAACAGAGAGAAAAAAAGAGUAAAAAUGAAAGAGUACGCAGUCAAUUGAGCCGUGUGUUGUAAAUCAGUUGUUACCUACGUGAUCAUUUUUACAGUCACUUCAAAUGAUUAGACGAACAUACAUAGCAACAAAUACACACAAUACAAAUAUGCACGCACAAAGAAACGAACGCUCAUUCCAUUGCAUUACGGUCAAAACACACACACACACACACAUUGAACUUUACGAUUCUUCUUCCUUCAUACGACAUGCAUUAAUUUCAUUUCAAUUUUUUUUUUCGGUUUUGUUGAUUGUCCCUUUUUUGUUGCUUCGUUUGGGUUUUUCGUUGCGACGAAAAGGUCUCAAAUAUAAACAAGCAAACAUUAAUUGUAACAGCCAGCAGCAACGACAAUGACAACGACGAUAGCGGUGGUAGUAGCAAUAAAAUGUGCGUUGUCAUACGUACAUUGUACCACAGCGAAUGAUAAUUGUUUUAUAGCACAAUUUGUGAUACUUCACUGAAUAUAUCGUUUACCAGUGUUUCCAGAUUUGUUUCCUGUCGUAAAAGAUUUUUGAUGUCAGUGAGAAAUUCUCAACUCUGGAAGCAAUUUGAUGAAGCCCGUCGUAUCGAGCAGGCGGCCAGUUUCGAAAGAGUAAAAAAAAUGUUUCACCAAUUUGACGAAAUAGAGGUUUCGUUGUACUUCAUACGACCGUCGCGGUUUUAUAAUUCAUUAUCGCACACGUGAACGUGUAAUUUCUAUUAUUUUUGCAUGCUUUUUUCAUUUCGGUGUGCCGCAAUUCUGUUCAGCUGACUCUGUCUUCGAGACAGGCCAACAAGUGGUUGUGAUAGCGCAUUUGUUUCUUUUUUCUUUCAUUUAUCGUGAGCAUGCACUAAAUGCGAAACCAACGGAAAAUUCGGUAUUUUAUUCUUUUUACGAUUUUUUUUACUUUGCUUGUAAAACACAACUGAUUGCCAACGUUCGGAAUUGCUUACGCAGUGUUCGACAGAUAAAUUCGAGUGUUUUUGAAAUCGCCCAAAGUGAGAUAACGCGCCCAAUUCGGUGUAGAUAAUUGGAAAAUAUCAAUAGGAACAUUGAUAAAUCAACGUGCUAGGCAACACAGCCAAUUUUAUCAUUUGCCUGUCAAUGACUACAGUGUGCAGCAUCUACGAAAUGGGAAGCAAUUUAAUGAAUGAAAAAUCAUUUGCGUCAUCUUUGGAAUUGUGAUGCACAAGUGUUGCGAAUGAUGAUCAUAUCAGAAAUGAAAUUUAAGUCACUAACCAGUUCGACAGACACACGAUCCAAUCAAGUUUUACUGCGGUUUUACUAGUUCAAGUAAUGUCGGAUUCAAAAGAAAUACCUGCCGGUGAAGAGGCUGCCGCUCAGGCUGCCACACAGGAUGAGCAGGCCUCUUUUGACUUGGGGACGAUCGAUAUCAUUCUAUUAGUCAUAAUAGCCCUUAGCUGCAUUUAUUAUUUGCUCUUCAAACGCAAUAAAAAGGAAGAGAAACCAAUUACAAGAUCAUAUGCCAUACAGCCGACACAAAUGAACACAGUCCAAUCCAUGGAUAAUUCGUUUAUUAAGAAAUUGAAAGCUUCUGGCCGUAGUUUGGUUGUAUUUUAUGGCUCGCAAACGGGAACUGCCGAAGAGUUUGCUGGCCGUUUGGCCAAAGAAGGCAUUCGUUACCAACUGAAAGGAAUGGUUGCCGAUCCCGAAGAAUGUGAUAUGGAAGAACUCUUGCAAAUGAAAACAAUUGAAAAUUCAUUGGCCGUUUUCUGUUUGGCAACAUACGGUGAAGGUGAUCCAACCGAUAAUGCAAUGGAAUUCUGGGAGUGGAUCCAAGGUGAUGUCGAUUUGGCCGGUCUCAAUUAUGCGGUAUUUGGUCUUGGUAACAAGACAUACGAGCAUUACAAUAAAGUCGCCAUUUAUGUCGACAAACGGUUAGAAGAAUUAGGUGCAACCCGUGUAUUUGAAUUGGGUCUUGGAGACGAUGAUGCAAACAUCGAAGAUGAUUUCAUUACAUGGAAAGAGAGAUUAUGGCCAACCGUUUGCGAUUACUUUGGCAUUGAGAGCACUGGUGAAGAUGUUCUAAUUCGUCAAUAUCGAUUGUUGGAACAACCAGAAGUGGCACCAGAUCGUAUCUACUCCGGAGAAGUGGCUCGUUUGCACUCAUUGGAGAAUCAACGUCCGCCAUUCGAUGCAAAGAAUCCAUUCCUUGCCACAAUGAAAGUGAACCGUGAAUUGCAUAAAGGCGGUGUUCGUUCGUGCAUGCACAUCGAAUUCGAUAUCGAAGGCUCGAAAAUGCGCUACGAGGCUGGUGACCACAUUGCACUAUUCCCAACCAACGAUCGCGAUUUGGUUGAACGAUUGGGCAAACUUUGUGAUGCCAAGUUGGAUACCGUCUUCUCGUUGAUUAAUACGGAUUUGGAAAGCAGCAAGAAACAUCCAUUCCCUUGUCCAACCACCUAUCGCACCGCAUUGACUCAUUACAUUGAAAUUACGGCAAUUCCGCGUACGCACAUCCUCAAAGAAUUGGCCGAAUACUGUUCAGACGAAAAGGACAAGGAAUUCUUGAAACUGAUUUCAUCGACAUCACCUGAAGGAAAGGCCCAAUAUCAAUCAUGGAUUCAUGAUGCUUGCCGCAAUGUUGUCCACAUUUUGGAAGAUAUCAAAUCGUGUAAACCACCAAUUGAUCACAUUUGUGAAAUUCUGCCACGUCUUCAGCCACGUUACUACUCGAUUUCAUCGUCAGCUAAACUAUAUCCAACAACUGUGCACGUCACCGCUGUUUUAGUGCAAUACGAAACCAAAGCUGGCCGAACAAACAAAGGUGUUGCCACAACAUAUUUGGCUGCCCGUCAUCCUGAAGACGCCAGCGAACCACCAAAAGUGCCGGUAUUUAUUCGCAAGAGUCAGUUCCGUUUGCCAAAUAAAACCGAAACACCAGUCAUUAUGAUUGGACCGGGCACUGGUUUGGCGCCAUUCAGAGGUUUCAUCCAGGAACGUGACUUGCUGCAUCGGGAUGGCAAAACUGUUGGCGACACCAUUUUGUAUUUCGGAUGCCGUAAAAAGAGUGAAGAUUUCAUUUAUGAAGAGGAAUUGAAUGAGUAUGUACAAAAUGGAACGCUAAAAUUGCGAACUGCUUUCUCCAGAGAUCAGCCAGAGAAAGUUUAUGUCACAAAUCUGUUGCGAGAAGACACUGAUUUGGUGUGGCAAGUCAUUGACAAUAAGGGUCACGUAUAUAUUUGCGGUGACGCCAAAAAUAUGGCCACCGACGUUAGAAAUAUUCUACUGAAUAUCAUCAAAACCAAAGGAAAUAUGGAUGAAGCAAGCGCUGUGCAAUACCUGAAGAAAAUGGAAGCACAAAAAAGAUAUUCGGCCGAUGUCUGGAGUUAGACUCAUCAUCACGGACGGCUAUCACCACCACCACCACCAACACAAUAAAUUAAACAAAUUAUAUAUAAAAAAUAUUUUUAUAAUAAUGAAUAGUUAAUUUUGAAAUUUUUAAAUUCGAAUAAAAGAAAACUAAUUGUUCAAUUCAUUUCACUUUUCUUUUCGGUAGCAUUUUAAAUUGAUUUUAUCUUUGGUCAUAACGUCGAAUGUCUGAACAUAAGAAAGAAAAUAAGUUCACACCGCAUGUGGUUGAAAGUUCAUAAUAGUAUCACCAUUUUAUCGAAAUAAAAUGUUAUAAAUGCGAAAAAAA